AUGGGGUUAGAUGUUCGCGCCGCCGAGCUCAAGGAGAAACUUCUCAAAAGCCGCGGCCAGGGCCGUGCGAAGGUGGCACAGCUCAAGACCGAUGACGCCAACACAACUCCGAAUGUAACAACCGGAACUGUACCCAAGGCUCCCUCUCCAGGCCCAUCAGUGUCAGAGGGGAUGAAGCUUCCGGAUGCUACCCCUCGGGAGGCUCCCAAGCCGCCCACACCGCAUUCGAUUCUGGCCGAUGAAAAUGAUAUCGCGGCCCUUAUUUCGUCCAUCUCGGGAUCUGCUGCCAUAGAGCCACCGGAGCAACCAUCCAAACAACCGGACCGAGCGCCCACGGUUUCCACCGAGAACCCUGUUGAGAAAGGCGAGACUACUCGGAAGAAUGUUGGCUCGAUGGUACCUCCGGCGCCGAGGGCGCCAGCCAUGGGAACCGCAUGCAAGGUGGCAGGCCGCGAGGAUACCAAGAACGACAACAAAGCAGUAGCAAAGACUGCACUCGACCGAGACAUCUCCCAGGUGCCCAAAACACUCAGCGUCAACAACCAUCAGGAAACGGCCCACGAACGGCAUGCCCCAACCUUUACGAAACCACCAACCCGUAGUCGAGCUGACAGUAGGAAAUAUCCCAAGCCAAGGCACUCCCCUGAGGUGGCCCCGCCUGCUAUAGAGCCGGAGAGCCCCCAGGUAACGCCGACCACAGUCGCUAGGGCUGCUCGGGCCGCCGCCAAAGACAUGCAUACGGACCGCUCUGGAGCAGUCUCAUCUGACGAUGGCUUUUCCCGCCUACUGGACCAGGUCCCCGAUCUCAAAGACUUCCUUGAAAUGAGUGACUACUACGAUGUGGAGACUCGGACUAGAAAGCUCGACCGGUUUCGGAGAGCAAAGGCACUCGCGGCCGAGAGACUAAGGCUCGAGGAGGAGGAGCGGCAACUCAUGAGAGAAGAGGAGCUCGAUCUCCAGCGAUCGACCGUCGCACGGUUCACAAGCGCGGUAUCUAGCGCGGCGUCGGAUGGAGAGACUACUAGUCUGCCAACCCCGGUUACCCCAGUGCCUACCAGCAGCAUUAGCACUCGCGAGACCAAAGAGGCACCGGGCGCUAACGGUACCAAGCGAGCACGUGAAGAAGAUGAGUCCCGGGGCCGCCAAGAGAAGACACCGCGGCUCGAAGGGUCCAUAAAGGAGAUCGAUGAGAGGCCCAGGCCGGACGACAGGCACAGGGAGGACGACCGGCGGGAUGCGCGGGACCUCCGCCGCGACUCGCGGUCUCGGCUCGACGACCGCUCAUAUCAGAGCCCGCCUCCUCGGCGUCGAUACCGAGACGAGGACGACUACGAUAGUCGUCACCGACACGAUAGCCACAAGGACGACAAUCGUCGUCAUCAUCACCAUUCAGAGAGCCGUUCAAGAUACCCGACUCGUGUUGAUUUAGGCGCUAAGGGUGAAUCGCGUUUCUUUAUCGUCAAGUCGUUCAACCAUGAGAAUGUGAGGAUAUGCAUGGAAGAGAACCUCUGGACGACACAAAUCCAAAACGGCGAGAUCCUCGCCGAAGCCUUCGCCAAGUGCAAAAACGUCAUCCUGUUCUUCUCCAUCAACCAGAGCAAAGCGUUCCAGGGCUACGCACGCAUGGCAUCCGCCCCGUCGCCGGACACCCCGCGCCCGUCGUUUGUCAAGGGCCUGCACUGGGACACGAGCCACCCGUUCCGGGUGCAGUGGCUCAGCAAGACGGCCGUCCACUUCUUCCGCAUCGGCCACCUGAAGAAUGCCUGCAACGAGUACCGGCCCGUGCUGGUCGGCAAGGACGGGCAGGAGAUCGAUGGGGAGUGCGGGCCCAGGCUGCUCGGGGAGAUGGAGGAGAUCGCGCUGGCGGAGGGGUCUGGUUGGGGUGAGGGUGGUGGUGGUGGUGGUGGUGGUGGUGGUGGGGGUGACUAUGCGGCGUGGUCGGAGGGGUAUUAUUCGAAGAGGCGGGAUGGGUAUUAG